AAGACCCAACUUCGAGAUUAAAACCCUUUCCCAAUAAUUAAAAAAGGGAUUAGUGAUCAGACAACCUUAAUCUGAGAUUAAGAAAUACUAAAAGUAAGCAGAUUAGUGUGUCGCCAUACCCUUCAACAGUUGGGAAUAGAUAACUUUUUUGCCAUUUCAGGGCUUUUUAUUCCAUGGCUCACAAUUUUCCCCUUUUGCGUUUGCUGUCCAGCUCCUGCUUUUGAUUCCCUCGCCCGUCAUACAGUUUCAGCGAAAGUCGGUGUUGUCCAAUUGAAUGUGAUAGUAUGGAUGAAACAAUUGGUGAUGAGAUGCCCGAACCUGUUAAUGGUACAUGUAUCCGGCAUAAAGAGAAUGAGUUCUCAAUAAAACCUGGCAGUUCCGACAUGCUGCAAUCAAAUGAAAUGGUUACACCUGGCGUUGAUGAUUAUCCUCAAAUGCCAAAAAAUCGAUAUUCAGUUAUACUGGAUGCAAAAGACAUGGACAGAAUUGGUUCUUCCGAACAUGCGAGUGCCAGUCCACGCUGUAUGGAUGAUGCUGGGGCAAUGGUUGAAGAGUUGACGCUAAGAAAUUGUGAUGGGGAAAAGUUGACUGUUGUGGGUAGUUCAAACAAUAGAGAUCAAACGCAAACUAAAAGAAACCAGUGGCAGAAUUUGUACCAUAUAGGUGGCAGAUCAGGAAUCAGCAACUUUCAUGGACAAAGUGGGUACAAAGGAAAAGGUCAGGCAACCUCGAGUGCUUGGGAGGAUGAGGAUAAUAAUUUCUUUCCUGGAUUACUAGAUCAAAAUCAGCCACCAUCAGAUGCUGUCAUGGAAAAUCAAUUAAUGAACAAUGAUAAAGGUAUUCCAGGCUGUACUUUGUAUUCUUCUGGAGGCAUUAGGACAAAGAUCUUAUCUAAAUCUGGUUUUUCAGAGUACUUCAUUAAAAGUACAUUGAGAGACAAAGGAAUAAUACAUAAAACCCACACUUGCAGAGGAUCAGGUACUGUGUCUGGGGACCAGGUUCAUCCCAAGUCUGGCAUUGCUGGUUCAAAAAAUUCUGUCGCACCAUUAGGUUACACUGGCAAGCCUGUAUUAUCUCUUUCAGAUGGAGUCUCUGGAUCAUUCAAAACUCCUGGUACUAGAAGCAACAUUGAUGGAAUAAGUUUAAGAGAAUGGCUGGAAGCCGAUGGAAAGAAAGCAAAUAAAGUUGAGAAAAUAAAUAUAUUUAGACAGGUUCUGGAUCUUGUUGAUUUUUCGCACUCUCAAGGAUCUUCGCUUCAAGAUUUAAGUCCUUCUGCCUUCAAAUUGUCAGCGUCAAAUCAGGUCAUGUAUCUAGGAUCUGCUGUACAUACAGGGAUCACAGAUAAUAUUACAGAUGGAGAUAAUUACCAAUCUAGUCUUAAUCGUAAUGAAAAGAGGCCAAUAAAUCAAAGGUUGCUUCCCAUUGAGAACCAAUGUGUGAAGAAGCAGAGAUUAGGUGAAAAGUUGAGCUCUAUCCAAAGGUGGCCCCAGUUUCAGUCAAGCUCUGGUACUAGAUUUGCAUCCAGAAAUGUUUCCAAGGAUCCUAGCAAUGAUGUAGAUGAUGAACAGGAUCCUAAAACAGAAACUAAGAACUACAGCAAACUGUUUGGCCACAAUGUGCCUAAUUCAUUACAUGCAUUGCGGUCCUCUGUGAAUUUUAUGUUGGAAGAGAAGUGGUAUACAAGUCCAGAGCAGUUCAAUGAGAAAGCCUGUACCUUUGCAUCAAACAUCUAUUGCCUGGGGAUUCUUCUAUUUGAGUUACUUGGCUCAUUUGAUUCUGGAAGAUCUCAUGCUGCUGCCAUGCUUGAUUUACGUCAUAGGAUUCUCCCUCCCAGAUUUCUUUCAGAGAAUCCCAAGGAAGCUGGGUUUUGCCUUUGGUUACUUCAUCCUGAGCCUUCAUCACGCCCUACAACCAGAGAAAUUUUGCAAUUUGAAUUUUUAAGUGGUACUCAAGAAUUGCAUGGAGGUGAGUUGUUGUCAUCUAUUCAUGAAGAAGAUGAGGAAUCAGAUUUGUUACUGUAUUUCCUUUCGACAUUAUCUGAGCAAAAACAAAAGUGUGCACUCAGUCUAUCGGAACAAAUCCAGUGCAUUGAAGCUGAUAUUCAAGAGGUUGAGAAACGGAAACCUAGAAAGUCGUCAGUUCUAUCUUCUUUACUUCAAAAGGCACCUGCUGCUGCAUGCGGGAGCAGUGCAAGUGUGGAGCCAUGUCUAAAGACAUGCCAUACAAAUGAUGCAGAAACUAGGUUAAUGAGUAAUGUCAGGCAACUUGAAAAUGCCUACUUUUCUAUGAGAUCAAACUAUCAGCUUGCAGACGGUAAUUCUGCCACGGAUAGGGAUGUAGAACUCCUGACAAGUCGUGAAAACAGGUGCACUAUGGGAAAGGAAGAGAACAAUGCUGAAGAUCGUCUAGGGGGCUUCUUUGACGGUUUGUGUAAAUAUGCUCGCUACAGAAAAUUCAAAGUAAGAGGAGUAUUGCGGAAUGGAGAAUUUAAUAAUUCUGCAAAUGUGAUCUGCUCUUUAAGUUUCGACCGGGAUGAAGACUACUUGGCUACAGGAGGGGUGUCAAAGAAGAUAAAAAUUUUCGAAUUUCAGGCUCUCUUUGAUGAUUCAGUUGAUAUUCAUUAUCCAAUUGUUGAAAUAUCGAAUAAGUCAAAGCUUAGUUGUGUUUGCUGGAACAGCUAUAUCAGAAACUUCCUUGCUUCGACAGAUUAUGAUGGCAUAGUCAAGUUAUGGGAUGCAUCAACUGGUCAAGGGUUUUCUGAGUUUGUUGAGCAUAAUCAAAGGGCUUGGUCUGUUGAUUUCUCUCGUGUUGAUCCUACGAAACUAGCCAGUGGCAGUGAUGAUCGUUUGGUGAAAGUAUGGAGUAUCAAUGAUAGAAAUAGUUUGUGCACAAUUAGGAGCCAUGCAAAUGUUUGCUGCGUUCAGUUCUCACCUCACUCCUCUCAUUUAUUGGCCUUCAGCUCUGCUGAUUAUAAGACCUAUUGCUACGACCUUCGCAAUGUUUCAGUACCUUGGUGUGUAUUGGCGGGCCAUGAGAAAGCUGUAAGCUAUGCAAAAUUUUUGGAUGCAGGAACGCUUGUAUCUGCAUCUACUGACAACACACUGAAGAUUUGGGAUUUAAAGAAGACAAGUUCCAAUAGUUUGUCAAAGGAUGCUUGUAUUUCAAGUCUUAGAGGGCAUACUAAUGAGAAGAACUUUGUUGGCCUAUCGGUUAAUGAUGGGUAUAUAACUUGUGGUUCCGAGACAAAUGAGGUGUUUGCCUACUAUAAAUCUCUGCCCAUGCCGAUCACUGCCCACAAAUUUGGCUCCAUUGAUCCCAUAACUGGUAAGGAGACGGAAGAUGACAAUGGACAGUUCGUUUCAAGUGUUUGCUGGAGACCAAAGUCAAAUAUGGUUGUUGCUGCUAAUUCAACUGGGUCUAUCAAACUCUUGCAGUUGGUUUAGACAUAUAAGUUUUUUCUCCCAUUACAAGCUGUGUCAUAUCAACAUUCAUAGCUGCCCGUCAUUGAAGCAUCUUGCACUUCUUCUGCUGACUCUUUUCGUUGCUUCCACACUAUGCUCGAAACAAAGCUUGUUCAUGGUGUUUAGCUUCGGAAGAAAGUGGGGCUUUUACCUUCCAUGCCUCCAUGUAUGCCGUUUUACCUUCCAGGUUCAUGUAUUUGACACGGGGUCUGUCAAGAGUAGCUUGGUGAAGAACAAAGUGGCAGGCGUGCCCAGUGGCGUACUCUCAGUUUCUCACAGAAGCUCUCCAUAAGCAAAGCGAAAUUCCGACUGCCCAUCAUUUGAAGUAAGUGCCCAUUUCUGCACAAUUGAUUUUUAUUGUUGACAUAUAGUGGAAUUGUAACUAUAUAUUAUGUGGUUGAGCGGCAUUCUUUGUAUAUUGAUGUGUAUAAUUAGUUUACAAGGUUUAGCUUUAUAUAGCAAAUUGUAAUACUAUUCGUAUUCAUAUGUAUUAUGUAAUGAGUUGUGUAACUACACUAAAAAAUAGUGGAUUCUUCAUUCUUUCA